AUGAAAAAAUUUUAGUUUUUUGACAAAAAUAUUCGAUAGCAAAGACCAGAAUUGAAUUUCUGUACAUUCAAUUAUGUCUUUGCUGAGUAUAUUAAUUCAAUAUAUUUAGAUACAUAUGCUAUUUGAAGAGGAAACAUGGGAAUGAUUAUAAUGAGAUGAACUCUAAGAUGGAACAAUUAGGAGUGUCAGUAGGAAUUCGACUCUAUGAAGUAGUCAGUUUAAGGGAAAGAAAUAAGAGGGAAACAAAAUUAGUUGAAUAAUUGAGAUUCAUUUAAGGGAUUGUAAAUUAAAUAUGCAAUUGUAGUUUUGGAAACAUCUCUUUGGAAGACAAGCAGAAUCUAUUGAAAAAUUGAAAGAUAGACCUAAUGAUUAUCUUAUUAGAGAUGAAAAUCCUUUACUUCUUAAAUAUAUCUCAGAAGAAGGACAUAUUUCACCUGCAUAAUUUAUGUGUGGAAUUCUAAAAGUAUGAAAUAAUUAAAAUUCUGUAAGGGAGUCUUGAAUGCUUCUGGUUUUACAUGCUAAGUUUCAUAUUAAUUCAAGACUGAUGAAAGAGGUGUAAGUUAUUAUCCACACACUGUAUUUAUCUUGAGUUUCGAAGAUGCCAGAGAUUUAUGA